CCUCUCCCUUAUUUUCUCCUUAAUCGUUAGCUUUUCAAAUUAUUCAAUUAUUUUAUCUAAACAAGCUUUUGGGGGGAGGGUUUUGUUUCGUUUCCCUGCAAAUCCCCAAGAGGACAGGAUAAGUUCGGUCAAGCAUUUGCAUUUGCCUCACGAUUUUUCUACAUCGAUUUCGGGGAGGACUGCGCCUCGAUCUCCUGCAUGUCACGAGUUUUUACGAAAGCUUAAUCGAAGAUGCUUCGAUAACCGUAUUUUAUUAUUCGAUAAUUAUUUCUCGAUAUAGGUGCUUUUUGUCUUCGCUCCCACCCCCCUUCGCCGUAUCGUAACACAACGUAGUUUGCUUUGCAUCCCAUCCUCUUCUUGACCGCUAUGGAUAUGGACAACUAUCUGUUCCGCUGGCAUCUCGAUCAAUGCAAAUCUGUCGAGGAGAAAACUACCUACUUGGAGAUCUUUAACUACACGGAUCCAGCUUAUAAUAGCUGCGAGGACCAUUCUCUAUUGACGGAAGAUGAUUUUGAAAACUUCCUCGCUCAAACUGGCACUUUUGCUCCUCAACAGCUGAAAGAGGGAGUAAAGCUACAAGAUGGAAUCCGCCUGAUAAUUCAAAAAGACGCGAGCCAUGCCAACACGUUUGCGCCCGAUUAUAUAUCACUUACACGACAUUCUUAUGAAAGCAUGAUGACACAAUGGCGUCUUCCGUUCCGAGCUAUUGAAGGUAGUAGUAUUGUUGGGCCCUUUUUCUGGUGCUCUCAUGAUCAAGAUAAAGAGGAUCGCCAUCUACAAAUUAUCUUCAGAAAAUCUGAUGUCCGUAAGAAGGGCAAAACUCGAGGAUGGGAGAUUAUGCUCUCGUAUUCUUACAAAACGCGUAUAACGUCGGGAUUUGUUAAAGGUACCGAGUCCUCAGAUAUUGUCAAGUCGCUGAAACAUUUGGCUUUUUGCCGAGCUGAGGUCGGCCAUCCACUUCUUCUACCAAUCAUCAUUCUCUCUCACGACCUCUCGGCUAAGGGUGACAAAAGGCAACGUGACGCACGGGAUUGGCUACGUCGUCUUGAGAAUGCCAUCACCAUGCGAAAUGAGAUUGAUGCAGCGGAAGUGUAUUCCGACUUCGACGUGGAUGGCAUCAACCGGGACCUUGUAGAAUGCCACUCUCAAGUCCUCUGGAAACGACCGCAAGCAUACCAAGAGAUCAUCAAGGAGAUCAAAGAGGCUAUGCGGAAAUUCAUGCAAUAUGAGCCCGAAGGAGGCCAAACGGAGGAAAUACGCGCUUUGCACGACAACAUGCUAUCUAGACUGGAUUUCUACCGGGUAAAGCUCACGGGUAUGGAACAUUACAUACAUACGACGUUGGAGAGACUGCACAUCCAGCGGCAAGCUUUGUAUAAUAUCAUGGCUCAAAAGGAAUCCAAACUCAAUCUCGAAAUAGCCUCUCAACAGAGGAGAGUGGCUCAUGCUACAAAGCGAGACGGUACUGCUAUGAAGACAUUAUCUCUCCUCGGUGCUGUGUUCCUUCCUGGGACAUUUAUGGCUUCUGUCUUCAGCAUGACUUUCUUUAAUUUCAAAGUUGGGUCCGACAGUGGUGGUGAUUCCGGGGAAUCGGAGGUUUCGAGCGAACUCUGGGUAUAUUUCGCCGUCACAGUGCCGUUGACGUUCCUGAUCGUACUGGUCUGGUGGAUUAUAGAUCACCGGCGCGAGAGGAAGUACGCGGAAGAGGAUAUAGAAAUCGAAAAGGGCAUUGACACGAUGGAGAAGGAUAUUCUGGCCAUCAUGCGCAAGAAAACCAUUAAUAAGGCCUCGACGUGGAACUCGGCCGGGCAACCUAUGACGUUGGAGUUAGCGAAAAGAGAAAAGCUUGCGACAAUGGAGCGAGGGGUUUAGGGGCGCCCAGAUAUUGGCUGCGGUCGACGUCAAGAAUGUGCCUGCGCUAGUCGCCCGGUGAAUCGAUCGACCGCAGAAGCAAGGCCGGCGUUGUUGAUUUUUGGAUAUUCACUUUUAUUUUUUGCCGAUAGACCUCACGACGCUACGGUUUCACGACUAUUCACGAAAGUAUAUAUCCGUAGGGCAUAAACUGGGACCUACUUACUUAAUGCUUCGGUAAAGAGAAAAAAAGAUUCACAUGAUAUAGCGUAUACAACAUGCUUAAUUAAUAAAUGAACA